AGUAGCACGCUGUGUACGAGUGUCGGGCGCGCACCAUCGGACAGAUAGGAACACACAGAAAUCAUGAUAGUGUAAACGGCGAAAAAACGGAAAACUAACCAAAAUUGGCCUCGCACGUGCGCGGCGUAUAACGGUGCGCCAAGAAGAAUUCAAAAUAUAAAGUGAAUUCGUAAAUUGUUAUGAAGCUGUGCUAAACGCCACGGGUGAAGAAUCUACACCGGAGUUCGCGCAACUUCAAGGAGCACCAUGGGACAACAGGAACCGGAACAGGACACAGUGGAAGAGAAACAGCCGAAAGAUUUCGAGCAACAACCGCAGGCACCGGCGGAGCAGUUAGACGAAGCACCCACUGGCCAGCUGCCGAAUGCAGCGGCCAAGUUGACGCUGCACACCGAUGGCGAUCUGAAGCAGACGAUUUUGGAUGGUUUGGAGAAAAAAGGUGACGGAAGUCUGUGGCUCUGGGUCCUGUUCAUUCUGUGCCUUACACCAAACAUCCUUAACGGCUUCCACGUAUCGUCGUACGUUUUUUUGGGACAAUUGCCUAAGAACUAUUACUGUAUGGUACCCCGGCUGCUGGAAUCCGGAUGGAGUCAUGAGGAAAUUCGCAACAUCACGGCCCCGAGCGGAAUGGCCAAGAACGGAACGUGUACGAUUUACGCGUGGAACUACGAUCAGCUGAGCGAAAUGAAUUAUCAAGAUGCCCUCAGCUACACCCAAUCUCAUCCACAGCCGGAAGAGGUGAACUGCUUGUCGGAAGGCGUCAGCACCGGUGCGUGGGAAAUGUUUUACGACCAACCGGAGGGUGUAUCGAUUGUUCCGGAGUGGAAUUUGAUUUGCGAACGGACUGCCCUCAGAUCCACGGUUCAGGUUGCAUUGUCGAUCGGCAAGUUCCUGGGUGCCUCCAGUUUCGGCGUGUUGUCCGAUAAAUUCGGCCGCAAAACUAGCUUCUCGAUCGCGGCCACGCUUUACAUCGUUUCCGGGCUGCUGACCACAUUCUCGCCCGUCUACCUUCUGUUGCUUCUCGGACGCAUCGGACUCGGUGCUUCGGCUUCCGGCGUGUUCUAUCCGGCGUUUGCACUGCUGACUGAAAACGUCGGCAAGCGGCACCGAUCGUGGAUGAGCAUUGCGUUCAACUUCUCCUACCCGCUGGGGAUGCUGUUCCUAGCGCUGGCGGCUUACCUCAUCCAUCCCUGGCGAGAUCUUUCACUAGCCCUGACCAUACCAUCCUUCCUGCUCGUAAUACACCUCUACUUCCUAGUUGAGUCGCCACGCUGGCUGUUGAGCAAAGGGUACGAUCGAAGGGCGUACCGCAUGGUGUUCGGACGUCGGCCACCUAAAGAACUCAUCGAUAAUGGUGGUCGGCAGGUGGUCGAAAAAAACCAGGACGUCGAUGCCGGUUCGCAGCCAUCUUUCGGCGACCGACUCAAAGAGUCGUUCGUUGAAUUUACAAAACUUUACGGAACGCCCGUGCUUUGCCGAAGGGCAUUAAUUUGCCACUUCACUUGGUGCAUCACCUCGCUAUGCUACUAUGUAACAGCCUUGAAUGCUGAUAACUUUGCGGCUAACCGUAACGUGUAUGUUGCUACGACUGGUUCCGUGGACAUCAUCGCCUACAUUUUGUCCAUGAUCGUGCUGGCCUAUUUUGGACGCCGCAGUUCGUCGUUCUGUUUCUUCUUGUAUGCCGGCGUCUGUCUGCUGGUUGUAUUGGCUGUGCCCGAGGACAGAACGACCAUGCUCGUCACCCUGGCCAUGCUUGGUCGGAUAGGUAUUACUGCCGUGUACGCGAUCGUAACUCUUCACACGGCGGAACUGUUUCCUACCGAGAUCCGCAACACGGCACUCGGCAUCUGCUCGACGAUGGCGCACGUUGGUUCGAUAGCGGCACCAUACAUUACGGAUUUACUCGGGCGGCUCGGCUGGUGGAUUCCGACGACCAUUUGUGGCUGUUCCGUGCUGAUCGCAGGGGCCCUCACUCUUCUGCAUCCGGAAACGCGCGAUGCGGCACUCAAGGACCACGCCAAACAGGAACGUGACGACGUACACAAUAAGGAAUCCACAAACUCUAGCAGCUAAGAGUAGACCGAGGCGUUGCCAGGCACACUUUCCAAUGAUUAUGUUUCGUAGGAUUUAUUUCGGUACCAUUAAGAAGCUUGGAAAGCCCACCUUUUAGGCAGCGACAAAAACGCUUUCCGGUUGAAAAUGGUGUAGAUAGUAAGCAACGUCGGUGUAUACACCGGGUGUGCCGACUGCACCACACCCCACACCGUACGAUAUGACCCCGCGCAGCACAAACGGUCCGAAAGAGGAGGGCACCCGGCAAACAUAACCGCCUCCCGAAUCGCCCUGAGGAGAAUGAAACAAAGUGCUAGUAGGAAAGAUGACGGUGCCGUCGACGGUUUGCGGUCCACUUCCGCGCUCUCUCUGUCUCUCUCUUAAUCUCACCUUACAUGCAUCGGAACGUCCGAUCGCACAGAACAUUCCGGAGUUGGGCGGCGGAGCUACGACCGCUCCCAUCAUUCCAAUACAAUUGUCCUCUUCGAGGGCCAACACGGUGCCAUAACGCAGUUUCUGACUAAUAGGCCCAUCGUAUGCUUCGGACCCGUACCCGAAGAUGUAGCACAUCUCCCCAUUGACCGCCGUCCGAUCGGUGCGCUGCGGUAGCCGUAGCGAGGUAUGAUUGUCGCUAGUAUACGCCAUCUCUUUGGCCAUUGCCACGCGAAGGAGUGCAAUAUCGCCGACCAUCGUUAUGCUACCGAACCGGAAAGUAAUCGAAUCGAAAUACAAAAUCACACACUGUCCUCCAAGAAAGGAUUGGGUUUGCAAAGGUUCACAUCGUGUAUCAGGGUUGCGGCUUACGGAUUGUAGGUACGUAAAAUGUGCAUCUCCACGACGGGGUAUCGUUCGGCGGGGGCAUCGUCAUUAAGAUCCAGACCACCGAUCUGUGCAACAAUUUGUGUGUAGUUGCUUUAAGGGUCCAAUUUAGCGAAAUA